GGCGUAUGGACCAUACCGGCUUCCGUAGGAUGUCGUGGCGUGAAAACGUAGGCUAAGAGCAGAAAGUCGGAACUAUAGAAGGAUUCAUAUUUAUUUGUCAUAAUAAACUGCUUUUUUUAAAAGUUAACAGCAUUAAAAGAAGGCUACCUGGAGGAACACAAAACAGCUGUAGAUCUGACAGUAAAAUGAGGCGUGCGGGUUUGGGUGAAGGAGCUCCACAGGGAAACUAUGUGGCCAGCGGUUACAGCGUGUACGAGGAGGAGAACGAACAUUUACAAGAAGGCCUUAGAGCCAAAGUAAAUGCAUUGAAACAUCUCUCAAUCGACAUUGGGGCCGAAGUCAAACACCAGAAUACAAUUUUAGCAGAUAUGGACUCGGACUUCGACUCAACUGGUGGUUUGCUGGGAGCUACCAUGGGCAGACUGAAGCUGUUGUCCAGAGGAAGCCAGACCAAAAUCUACUGCUACAUGUUGCUUUUUGCUCUCUUUGUCUUCACUGUUCUUUACUGGGUGAUCAAACUGAGGUGACGGAGGGACUGAUGAAUGACUUUGCUUUCACGACCUUAGGCCAGCAAUGUCCAUAUGACGAUUGAAAUAAAUGUUGAACACAUAAGAGACUCUAUUACUCAACAGUUGUGCAAAAUCAGGGACACCAGAAUUCCUCCCCAGUGAUUUUUAGGUUGUAACAUUCAUUUUAUCAGUAUUCUUUGUGCUAUACAAGGCUUUUAACGUAAUGCCGAUACGUCAGUCGAUAUGCAGCCGUGAUUUCACAUUUAAUUAACUUUUUUUCCUGCAGUUCAUUGCAUGCAUCGAUCAUGUAAGAGUGUGAUCAAACGGUUUCUUUAAAACUGGUGAAAAACAAACAAUGUUUCGUUUGAUAUGAUUGUGCAGGUCAGAGAACAGAAAAACAUUGUCUGUUUGUUCCUUCUAAUUAUUCAGCACGCUUGUUGGAUGUGCUUGGUGUAAACAACUUAUCGAGCUGGUCUUCUGGUCAGCAUGUCCUUUCCGAAUAAUCAUGACAAGACUGUACUGAAUGCGCAAAAGCUUUUAAUUACAGGCAGGACAGGACAUUUCAGUGUGCAAUGAUGAUGUUCUUCGAGGAGGGAAAACCAGAAAGCUUUAAAUGAUUAGGAGAAAUUGUUCAUCAGUUCUAAUUUGAAGAAUUUAAUCAUUUUUCUCUUGAUGUUGUGUCGAAUUUGAGUUCCGAAUAUAUAGAAUACAUGUUAAGCUUAACAGCUCUGGACUAGAUUUCUUACACAAGUAUGAAUUUGUAUGUAAGAGAAAAUAUUAGGCAAUAAAAUGUUGAAGAAAAUCA